AUGUCACCUCAACAACCAAGUCCUUCGGACAACGCCCAACCAUCCAACCCCUUCAGCCCCGCGACGAUGGCCAGCCCAGAAACACCACUGGCACAUUUCCCCAACCCUGCCCAAGCAAGACUUCCUCCCAAUGCCCGUGUUCGAACAGUCCGAUCACACAGUCUCCCCUGGAGCCCGAAUAUCGCCCAGCGGUUGCCAACCUACUUCAUGAUGCCUGCCCUCCCUUUCCGUUCUCAACCACUUCCAACACCAGCAGACACCAACACCAGGAAAACCGUGAUGACAUACGAAGAGUCCGACUGCGAGUCGGACCCCAGCGGUGACGAGUCACCCGAGGAGCCCAAAUCCCCCUUCUCAAGUUCACGCUCCCGUCAGAGUCGCGUCUCCUUCCUUCGAAGGCCUUCAACAACAUCCAAUCCUACCCCUACCCCUAUCCUCUCCCCUCCGAGUCCCCCAAGAGACAUUGAGGAAGCAGCCGCCGACAAUGCACGCACGCCCACACACGCAUCCAAUGCCCCAGUCAACAACAACAACAACAACAACAACAACAACAACAACAACAACACACGCAGUCUCUCCUCACCCUCACCACAACAAGUCCCAAACCUGAACGAGGAAAAACCUCCGGCGAAUCCCACCGACGUCUUUCUUGCUCAUAACCUCUCGCCCUUGCCUCUCCCCCCAAAAAAAGGCACUCGCUUCUACCGCCACCUGCGGCAUACCUUCCUCUCGAUCUACUGCCGCCUCUUCUGCCUCGUCUUCCUCGCCAACACCAUUGCCCUCAUCACUCUUCUGGAGCGACACACCAGUGGUAGUAGGACAGAAAAGUCACAAGGACUGACUUACCACGGCGCCAUCACCGCCACGACAAGCAACCUCCUGGCAGCGGUGCUCAUCCGCAACGAGCAUGUUGUUAACACGCUGUUUUGGACGUUGGGCACGGCAACGAAGUAUGCCCCCUUACGGGUAAGGUCGCUUGCGGCGAGGGUGUACACAUACGGCGGGGUUCAUUCGGGCGGGGCGGUCGCUGCGGUGGGAUGGUAUGUUUCCUUUCUGGUGUUGCUGACGAGGGAGCUUACGUCGCGGCAAGAGGUGACGGUUGUCCGGAGCUGGGUGUACUUUGUGGCGUAUGCCAUCCUCGCGGUGUUGGUGAGUAUUCUGUGCACAGCGCACCCCAAGUUUAGGAGGGUCAUGCAUGAUUGGUUUGAGGUAAUUCACCGGUUUGGAGGGUGGCUUUGUAUUAUUCUUUUCUGGGUGUUGCUCGUGCUACUGGCGGCAGAAAACCGCAGUCCUGACGGGGCCACGAUCGGAAAAACGUUGGUCAGGGAGCCGAACCUGUGGAUGUUGGUUACUAUCACGGGGCUGGUGGUGUAUCCGUGGACGAGGUUGAGGAAGAGGGAGGUGCAGGCGGAGGUGCUCUCGCCGCAUUGUGUCAAGCUGACGUUUCGGUAUCGGAACGUGCAGUUCGGCCAGGCCGUGAAGCUCACGGAUCGGCCGUUUAAGGAGACGCACGCGUUUGGGGUGAUUCCGCUGCCGACGGCGAGCAACGUUCCCCAGGUUAGGACGGAGAUGAUGAUGAUGAUGAUGAAGGGUCGUUGCUCAGGCUGCUGUUCUUCUCCUUCUCCUUCUUCACCGUCCCCCUCUCCCUCUCCUCCCUCUCAAGACAAGCCCCAAACCAGGGGAAAGGCCGAAGAAAAAGGCUUCUCCGUCAUCGUCUCCAAAGCAGGCGACUGGACCUCCUCCCUCAUUGCCCAUCCCCCGUCGAAAAUCUACACACGCGGCGUGCCACAAUUCGGAGUCCUCCGCAUUGCCGCUCUCUUCCGUCCUGUGCUCCUCGUCGCAACCGGCUCCGGCAUAGCCCCUAUCCUUUCCCUCCUCAUCCAAGUCCCACAUCACCCCGUGCGCAUCGUGUGGUCUACGCACGACCCAGAGGCGACGUACGGGCGCGAUAUUUGCGACGUGGUGUACCGGUCGGAUCUACACGCCGUCGUGGUUGAUACGAGUCGAGUGAAAAGGCCGGAUUUGGUCAAGUUGUGCUAUCGAGUGUGGGAGCAAGAGGGAUGCGAGGCGGUGGUGGUGAUUUCGAAUCAGAGAGUGACGAGGAAGGUAGUAUAUGGCUUGGAGAGCAGGGGAGUUAGGGCGUUUGGGCCGAUUUUUGAUUCGUAA